AUGGCAGGAGACUACUAUGCAUUUUCAUUGCCAGCGCCGUUGAAUGAUGGUAGCUCAUCGAUAUAUCUAAUGCCACUCGGCGCGACCAACGAGACCCGACUGCUCAAAAGCGAUAUCCAUAAUGUUUCCAUCACAGUCAGAAUAUCGCACGAAGUCCAAUCGACGGAGACGCAACAAAAUGUGACAGAAAUACAACAAACUUUUAAGGUUUGUAAAUUAGUUGAAAAAAAGGCCGGAAAACACUAG